AAAGCAAAUACUUGAGCACUAUUUAGUGUGUAACGAUAGCGAUAUAUGUGCCAUAGUGACGGGAAGUGGUUUGCUUGUUUUCAAGUUAGAAGUGUAGUGUGCGGAUUGAGACACAGCCGGUGUGUUUCACUCCAUGUUGACCGUGUUCAAUGCAGUGAGGACUGGAAAAGAGGAUAUAAAAUGAAAGGAAGAUGAGGGAGAUCAUGACCAGAAGGGGUCGGUAAUGCAACAUUAAUGGAUGCCAACCGCCGGUAAACACCAAGAAGAAGAAGAAGAAGAAGGUAUUAGGUCACAGUGUGCAUGCGCUAGGUGAGAAAUGGCUUGGGCGAGUUGGCAGAAGCUGCCGGUGAAGCAGUGCACCAGACUGCUGUCCUACACUGAAGUGCUGACUCGCAUGUGUAAGAGGCGUAGCAGUGAACACAGGCCUACAAGACAUCUCCGGAGAGUGGUUGUUACUGGAAUUGGACUUGUGUCCCCACUGGGAACAGGGACAGCACUGCCCUGGGAGCGUCUGGUUGCUGGAGAUAGUGGGAUAGUGGCCUUGGACCCAGACGAGUACAAAGCCGUGCCGUGUAAAGUAGCGGCUCGGGUUUGUCGAGGACCCGGUCAGGGAGAGUUUAGAGAAGAAAUAUUUGCUUCACGUGGGGAGAUAAGCAGCAUGUCUCAGGCCACUGUGAUGGCCCUCGGCGCUGCUCAGUUGGCCCUGCAGGACAGUGGGUGGUAUCCCAGAACUCCUGAGGAGCAGAUGAGCACAGGUGUGGCUGUAGGCAUGGGCAUGGUGCCUUUGGAGGAGAUCGCCAGCACUGCUGCUGCUUUGCAAACGCGUGGCUAUAACAAAGUGAGUCCUUUUUUUGUUCCUCGGAUCCUGGUCAACAUGGCAGCUGGUCACAUCAGCAUAAAGCACAAGCUGAAGGGACCCAACCAUGCCGUAUCCACUGCCUGCACCACCGGUGCUCAUGCCAUCGGAGACGCCACCCGCUUCAUUAGCCACGGAGAUGCGUUGGUGAUGCUUGCUGGUGGAACCGAGGCAUGCGUCAGUCCCUUGGCCAUAGCAGGCUUCGCACGUGCUCGGGCUCUGAGUACCAGCUGGAAUGCACAGCCCAAGCUGGCAUCUCGACCAUUCCACCCAGAGCGAGAAGGGUUUGUUAUGGGAGAAGGCGCAGCCAUGCUGAUUUUGGAGGAGUACAAGCAUGCCAUGGAGAGAGGAGCCCGGGUUUAUGCUGAGGUGCUAGGAUACGGACUCUCAGGAGACGGCAGUCACAUCACAGCCCCUUCUGCAGAUGGAGAUGGAGCUUUCAGGUGCAUGUCCUCUGCUCUGCGUGAUGCUGGUGUGUCUCCAUCAGAUGUGACGUAUGUCAAUGCCCAUGCCACCUCUACACCACUGGGCGAUGCAGCAGAGAACUCUGCAAUAAAGAGACUCUUCCAGGAGCACUCGCAGUCUCUUGCUGUUUCCUCUACUAAAGGGGCCACAGGCCAUCUCCUUGGAGCAGCCGGUGCUUUGGAGGCAGCGUUCACCGCACUGGCAUGCUACCACGCAAUCCUGCCUCCCACUCUGAAUCUGGACCGAACCGAGCCUGAGUUUGACCUAAACUACGUGCCCUGCAUUGCUCAGCCAUGGAGGACCGGAGGCAGGAGAGUUGCACUUACUAACUCAUUUGGGUUUGGAGGCACGAAUGCCUCUUUGUGUCUGGCCAGUGUGUGAGAUGUACUGAGUGAUGCACUGAAGGUUGUCAGCUGUGCUGCCUUUCAUUAUUACUCUGAAACAAGUCUUGGACACCCUAGUUUGGGUUGAAGAUACAGUGGUACCUUGGCAUAUGAACACCCUGCCUCACCAGUUUCACCAAGAACUGUGACUCGACAUACAUGCGAACGAACCGGGCCAAACGGAUUAUGUGCAUUUACAUUAUUUCUGAUGGGAAAAUGCAUUAUGCAAUACGAAUUUUUGUGUUAAGAACUCGCUCCAGGAUGGAUUAAAUUCUUAUGCUGAUUUUUCAGUAACAUUUGAACUCAUAGCCCAUACUUCAUAGUGUCUUUAUAUUAUUGUAAAAUAUAUAGUAAAAAUUAUUAAAUAAUAAUGUUUGAUACCCUGGUUAUACCUGAAAUUAAAGAUAUAAUAAUAUAUGCAUUAUUUUUUUAAAACACAUUCACAUCUCACGUGCGGACAGAAGAUGGGACAGAGAUACAAACGUUAAUAAAUUUGUUGGAACCCUCCUAGUAAAGAAUGAAAAACCAACAAUAGUCACUGAAAUAACUUAAGAGUGACAGAAGCAAUAAUAAAUCAUUUAAUGAACACAGACUAAUGAAGCUUUCUCC